UCAAUCACCAAUGAUUUUUGUUAGUUAUUUACAAUUUUUUACAAAUUUUUAUAUUACUUUGAUAAUUAUCGUAAGUUUUCAGGUCAACGACUGUGGCAGUUCCAUUACUUGUGCGAUUCUUCAAGACCCGCGAGUGGCAAACUGUUGCAAAGACCCCAUGAAGCAAAACAGCCAACGAAGACAAUUUCCUCCCCUUUUCGCUGCCUGCUUGAAAGCUCAUAUGAGAGAUCAAACUUCAUGCGGAUUCCAAAACUGUUAUGGCCAAAGGAAAGGAUAUGUAAACACAGAUGGAAGUUUAAAUAAGCAAGGUUUAUUACAAGAAUAUAGUGAACAAUUUUAUAAGCAACCUGAGAUAUUUGAACGCGUUAAACAACGAUGCAUCUUUUCGAAUUUAUCAAGAUUUACCGCUUCUUGUGAAGCAGACAGAUUACAAAAAUGUUUGUUUCCUUUUAUGUUAAUGAAGUGCCAAAAUUGGUACGACUACGGUUCCUGUCAGGGUCUCCGUCAAUAUAUUGAUUUUUGUGCAAGUACGUGAAGUUGAACUCCAUAAGUAAAAAAUAAAUUAAAGUACUUAUAAU